GACCCGCCCCCUUUUGCGCGUGACUAUGCGAAUAUCUUCUCUGUCCGACUCGGGAGCGCGCCUGCCCUGAGGAGUUCAAGUCCACUGGGUCCACUGGAAGUUUAUUCAGACAUUGCGAGCUGUAGCAGUGAUUCUUCGUCCAACACUUUUGGGUCAACUUGCAUCGUGCCAUGUUUUUGCGGAAUAUUCGUCCGGUUUACCGAUUGGCCAAAUGUCCAUAUUCCGCUGCCAGCAUUCCUAAGCCGAAUCCUGAGCCUGUGGUUCAGUUUAAUAAGCUGUUCAUCAACAAUCAGUGGCAGGAUGCACAAAGUGGGAAAACCUUCCCUACAAUCAAUCCGUCCACAGGCGAAGUCAUUUGUCAUGUUGCAGAAGCUGACAAGACGGAUGUGGACCGGGCCGUCAAAGCGGCCCGCGCUGCCUUUCGGUUGGGUUCACCCUGGCGACGCAUGGACGCCUCAGACCGCGGCCUUCUGCUCACCCGUCUGGCUGACGCCAUAGAAAGGGAUGCUGGUUACCUUGCAGAACUGGAGACCCUUGAUAAUGGAAAGCCAUACGCUAUUUCUUACUGUGUGGAUAUUCCAAACGUGGUCAAGUGUCUCAGAUACUACGCAGGAUGGGCUGACAAGUGGGAGGGGAAGACCAUUCCUAUCGACGGAGACUACUUCUGUUACACCAGGCACGAGCCCAUUGGUGUCUGUGGGCAAAUCAUACCAUGGAAUUUCCCUCUUCUGAUGCAAGCAUGGAAGCUUGGACCUGCCCUAGCAACUGGCAACACCAUCGUGAUGAAGGUUGCUGAGCAGACUCCCCUGACAGCUCUCUAUGUAGCCAACCUUAUCAAAGAGGUUGGUUUUCCAGAAGGCGUGGUGAACAUUCUGCCCGGUAUGGGGCCUUCAGCCGGUGCUGCCAUCGCCGCACACAUGGAUGUGGACAAGUUGGCUUUCACCGGGUCCACCGAGGUGGGCCAUCUGAUUCAGCAAGCCUCAGGCAGCAGCAACUUGAAGAAAGUCACUCUCGAGCUGGGCGGGAAAAGUCCCAACAUUAUCCUGUCUGAUGCAAACAUGGAGGAAGCUGUAGAGCAGGCCCACUUCGCCCUGUUCUUCAACCAAGGCCAGUGUUGCUGUGCCGGUUCUCGGACCUACGUCCAGGCCGACAUUUACGAUGAGUUUGUGGAGCGUAGCGUGGAGCGAACCAAGAACCGCGUGACGGGGGAUCCCUUCGACCUGAAGACAGAGCACGGUCCUCAGAUCGACGAUGAACAGUUUAAGAAGAUCCUUAACUACAUCGACAUCGGGAAAAAAGAAGGAGCCAAAAUGCUGUGUGGAGGAAAAGCGGCCUCUGACAAAGGCUACUUCAUCCAGCCCACUGUGUUCGGAGACGUCCAUGAUCAGAUGACCAUCGCUAGAGAGGAGAUCUUCGGCCCUGUCAUGCAGAUCAUGAAGUUCAAAACCUUGGAGGAGGUAUUGGAGCGAGCAAACGACACCAAGUAUGGCCUGGCAGCGGCUGUCUUCACCAAGGACAUCGACAAGGCCCACUACCUCUCCAGCGGUCUCCGCGCCGGCACCGUCUGGAUUAACUGCUAUGAUGUCUUUGGAGCCCAAGCUCCAUUUGGAGGUUUCAAAGCUUCUGGGAAUGGCAGAGAGCUGGGAGAAUAUGGUUUGGACAAUUACACAGAGGUCAAAACGGUGACCAUUAAGGUACCACAGAAGAACUCCUAGACGGCUUUUCUACAACAAUCAUUAAUGUCCAAGGCCGUGAUAUUUGUUCUUUACAUACCAUGGCUCUUUUUCUAAUGGAUUGAAUGAUUUUGGUAAUAAGCUACAUGUGAGGUCAGUGAUCCAUAUGGAUAACUUUAUCCAUAUGGAUAAUUUGUGUAAUGAGUGUGGGGCUGUCAAUAAAUAACUUUCUAAAAUAUUCAGUUAUUAGGUGAGUGCUGCACGUAGCACCCAACUAUGGUUCUUCAUAGGCCUUAUUAGCGUGAAUGCUGAAUCAGCUGGAUAUUGACAUUUUUAUUUUUCUUAUACAUGCUUUUUCUAGCGCCCCUUUUUUGGUCUACUACUUACUGCUGCAUACGUUCAGCUACAGAAACGAUCAAAAUAUUCAGCACUUUAACUUUUGAACAUAUGCACCAAGAGGAAUCGACUCCAAAAACGUAGUCAGAGGCUAUUAUAUCUGUGAUACACAGGAGUGAAAAAUUACCUCCUUUUCACAAGAUAUAUUGGGCCAGAUCAUCAUCAAUGGUUCCUUUUGUGACACCGAAUCAGCUAACGAUCACUACACACACACAUUGCUCCUUUCCUCGCACUGCCCGACUACGGCGCCUGCUUGAAGCCCGAGUGAUGAAGCUUCAUCAUAUUGACGUUAUUCUAGAGAACACUUAAUGUGCGGCUUAGCUCAAGAGGUAGAGCAGUUGCCUUGUAACCUUAGGGUUGCUAGUUCGAUCCCCAGCUUCUUCUAUCUGAGUGUUGAUGCGUCCCUGAGCAAGACACUUAACUGCUAACCCUAACUGCUCCUGACGAGCUGGCUGUCACCUUGCAUGGUUGACUCUGCCGUCGGUGUGUCAAUGUGUGUAUUAACCGAUGUAAGUUGCUUUGGAUAUAGGCGUCUGCUAAAUGCCCUAAUAGUAAUGUCUGCGCCCCAUCAUGGCUGAUAUGCAGGUGAGCCUAAAGUGUAACCCAUGGGACUUCAAUCUAUAUCGAAAUAAAUACAUUUUAACGUAGCUUUUUCUAGAGUGAUGUAGUGGUACGAGUAUAGCUACAAUAUGCAUGGCGUAUUUAAAGGCAGCCCUAAGGGAAGGUAAUGCAGAUAGUUAAAGAUAUGAAACCCCAUUAGUAAAUUAAGACGAGAUGUUGCUGAAAACAUAGUGACCAUUCCAGACGCGUAUCAAUACAUUAGAUUUAUAAAGAGCACACAGAUAAUGUAGAUCGACUUGCAAUAAUUAUCAGCAAUAUUACAGUAAAACAUUUACAGUUUCUUUUGAUAAAUGAUCAAAAUGUAUACAGACAAUUCCUUCAGCUUGUAAAAGACAGCAUUAGAGAUUAAACAAUCAUAAGAUCCA